UGAGGUACAGGACAACGAGGAUAGAAUGUAUUUGUUUUUGUGCGUGUGUGUCCUCUCUAUGGCCACAUCGACUGCCCUUCAGCCCCGGCUUCCCUGUGCAGCUCAACUCUUCGGCUGUGGUCUCGACGUGGGCUUUGACUUCCAAAAUGACUGUUGUGAAUGCAUAGAGUUUUUCCCGACAGACGAGAGCUUGAGUAUAGACAUACUCUGCGCCGCACUAGAAGACACUCCGUCGUGCUGCCCGUGUGCCCAGACUACACUUUCUGCCAUAUUAUCUGCCGGAUCACACUCCUCUGGAUCACACUCUACCGGAUCACACUCCUCCGGAUCUGCUUCCUUGGGUUACCCGCAAGAUAAACUCGAUGAGUUGGUGGAAGCAUUCGAAGGUCUUCGAAUAGUUUUUCGGGUGGCAAACAAUGGGAAAAACGCCGGUAAGCCUCUUCCUGCAGAACUGGAGAGAGAAAGAACAAAACUUGUCAACAAGGGCCUCAAACUCAUUGAGAUUCUGGAGCACGAGUGUUAAGCAAUUUUCAGAUGGACCCGGACCUUCAACUGGACUACAGAAAAACACGUAACACCGGAACAGUAAUACUAUUCAUAGCUAUACAAGUGGAAAAAAGUACCAAGUUGUACCAGAAAAUGUGAAUACAUGCACCUAA